AUGUUGCUAUUUGAUGAACCAAAAAAGGCUAUUCACUCUGAAUCCAAAGAUGCAGAAUACAAGGUAGACAACUUGAAGAAGAUAAUCGAUGAUGUUGCAAAGAAAAUAGCAGAAGAACAACUGAAAACAAUCGAACAGCCUGACACAAGUGAACCUCCAAAAUAUAGUUCUCAUAUUCAGGGGGAGGGUUCAUCUUUUCCAGUUAAGCAAGAUUCACCAUUCCAGGGGGAGAGCCCAUCAUCAUCACUACCAACCGAAAGUCAAGUCCAGAGGGAGAAUUCUGAGCCUGAAGCUGAGGAAGUAUCAUCAUUCGAGGGGGAGAAUGCAAAUACAAAUGAUGAUGAAACUCAGUCAGAAUUCAAAGAAGAAGUGAAUGUUGAACUGGAUCCCUCAUAUGAUCCUAAUUACCCUCCUCUCACCAUAUGGACCAAAGAUCAUCCACAAACACAAAUUAUUGGUGAAUCAACAGAAAAGGUACUCACACGAUCACAACUGAAAGCGAAACAAACUGCCCUAUUCUCUGAAGUGGAAUUUUGCAUGUUUAAUUCAUUCUUCUCCAAGGUUGAACCGAAGACGAUCAACACUACACUCGAUCAUUCUGAUUCGCUACAGGCGAUUCAGGACGAACUCAAUGAGUUCGAGCGAAAUAAAGUGUGGAGAUUGAUUCCAACACUAAAGUAUGCUUUUGUGGUUGGACUAAAGUGGGUUUUCAAGAAUAAGAUGGAUAAGGAAGGAAAUGUGAUUCGCAACAAGGCAAGAUUGGUUGUGGAAAGUUACUGUCAAGAAGAAGGCAUAGAUUAA